AUGGAAGGAACCAGUAACACUCAAGCUGGUUCAAAAAGAGGUAUGAAUAAUGAUGGUCAAGUGAGUAGAGGAGCAAAACGACGUCAUUUCAAGAAAGAUCAGCUAAAGGAAGAUCCUGUAAAUUUGGAGAAAAAAGAAGAUGUUUCUGCUCGAGUCUGCAAUCGAGAAGAGAACGACAUUAUAGUACCCAAAUACAUUUUAAAUGAUGUGGCUCGAUUUUACGAAGAUGUCAUGGGUCGUUAUAAAGUUAUGAUUGAUGUAGAGGGCCUUCAUGCAUUUUUCAUUUCAGAAAUUGUACCGCAAAAUGUUGAACGAAGAACCGCGGAAGAAAUACGUAGUGAGUUUCAAACGGUAACCGAAGUACAGCCUUUGAAUUUGAAACCAAUUCAAGAACAACCAACAAACUUCACAUUACGAUCAGCAAUGAAUACAAUCUUACAGAAGUGCCCAUCAAAAUGUUUAGAAGCUGUUAUGAGCACACCGAAAAUGCAGUAUUGGACGCUUACUGAAUGCAAUAUUAUGGCUAAUAAAAAUCAAUUUAUAUUAAAGUGUGAGGAUGAGCGGACGCUUUCGCACAUACCUUUCUUAGGUGAUUGUGGCGAUGAUGACGACGGCGAUGUCAGUUUUGGAGAGGAAUUAAUGAAAACUUUUCAAGAAGGUAUACAUGGUACGAAGGUUGGUUAUGGGUCAUUUAUCAACGAUCAUAUACUCUAUCAGGUUUUGAAAAAACUAUUCGAGAAGCAUUCAAAUAUUGCUGAUAAUGUGAUAUACAAAGCAGUUUACGAGCAGUUUCCAAACAAGGCUUCAAUCCAGCAACUUCCGUUCCUAUUUGAAGAUCUAAAACGUCGUUUUGGUCCACCAGAUUUAUUUACCGAUGAUAGCAGUCAAUCUGAGUAUUUGGAUACAAGAGCUCUUCAUUCUUUUCAGUUGCUUUUGUGCAGUCGCUGUCUCACUUAUGAUUGCCUAAUUCAUGGCGUAAACUCAUCGGAGACUGAGGUCCGACGGCGUCGAGGAAUAACAAAUGUUGAACCAUGUGGUUCGCAAUGCUUCAAACAUUUACUUGGCGAAAUGGAGGAAGCAAAACGUCUUUGUACCACACCAUCAAGUUCUAAAACGAUCAAUGCUUUUUUAAACAUAAAAAUAGAGAGCGUUAGUUUAACGGAACAGCAAGAAUCUAUGUUCAACGCUUUGCGACGGACAUACAAAAAUGAUUUUUGUAAAUUGGCUGAGGUUCUGAAUUUGCUUGUACAAAAUGCACCACCAAAGUCUUGCCGAGAUCUUUAUGCAUAUUCGUUUUGCGCAUCUCCAUUGUCACCAAGAGCUGACCUCUCACCAAAUUCACCUCCGAAAAAAAAAAAAAAUUUGAAAGAUCAACAUCGUACGUUUCGGGCUGUUAAAUGGGCAAAAACAGAAGGUAAAGUUGGUAACACGCAUGUAUAUGAGCCGUGUUCUCAUCCCGGAAUAUGCUCAACAGAAAACAAUUGUUCGUGUGUUAGCGUUGAUAAUUUGUGCACGAAAUUUUGCCGCUGUGGUGAACAGUGUAAAUAUAGAUUUCCUGGUUGUCGUUGUGCGCCGGGUUUGUGCCGGACGAAACAAUGCCAGUGUUUCUAUGCUAAUUGGGAGUGUGAUCCAGAUGUCUGCAAAUCAUGUAAAUGUGACGUCUUGGAUGAUCCCAAUGUAGCAACCUGCAAAAAUGUAGCAAUGCAACGAGGUUUACAGAAAAAGUUGGUUAUAGCUCCUUCACAGGUUGCUGGUUGGGGUUGCUUUGCCGGAGAAGAUAUUGAAAAGAACGAUUUCAUAUCAGAGUAUUGUGGUGAAGUAAUAAGUCAUGAUGAGAGCGAAAGGAGGGGCAAAAUAUAUGACAAAUUAAAGUGCAGCUACCUUUUUGGACUGAAUGAUGAAAUGGUAGUUGAUGCGACAAGAAAGGGCAAUGUUAUUCGCUUUGCAAAUCACUCAAAAGAUCCUAAUUGCAUGGCAAAGGUUUUCAUGGUUAACGGUGAUCACAGAAUAGGUAUAUUUGCUCGACGACCGAUUGUAUCUGGUGAAGAGUUAUUUUUUGAUUACUCUUACAAUUCGUAUCAGCAGGUAAAAUUUGUUUCAAAAGAACGUCCGAAACCAUAA